AUGAGUAAUAUUGACUCAAAUGAAAUACCAAAAUGGAGUCAACUUGCUGAAUUUUUAGAAGCUAGAUUUCGUGCGCUAGAAAUGAUUGAGCCAAUAAAGUCUAAAAUAACACAAAAUGCACAGAAGUCAAGAUCAUUUCACGCAUCAGUUCUUGAUCAAAAUAAAACAAAAUAUAAGGAUCCCGUUUGUGCACUAUGUGAAGAGAAUCACAAUCUUUUCGCUUGUAAGAAGUUCGGUAGCAAGCAGCCAAAAGAGAGACAAGACUUUGUUCAAUCGAAAGGACUAUGUUUUAACUGCUUAGCACCGAAUCAUUCAGUAAAAAAUUGUAAACUGUCAAAGAGCUGUCAAAAAUGUGGCAGACGUCAUCACACACUUUUGCACUAUAACAAAGAAACUAUACAAGGGUUUUUAAGUACUACUGAGAAUUUAUAUCAAAAUUCUGACAAUAUUAAAUCUGAAAACCGUUCACAACAAUCAACUUCUUUGGGAACCGAGACGAAAAUUGUAUCUAAUUUUGCAAACGAGAAUCAUCAACCCAAUGAAGUUCUAUUAGCAACUGCACUUUUGAAAAGUAGAGCACGGAACGGCUGUGAACACUAUAUAAGAGCACUAUUAGAUCAAGGUUCACAGGCGUCCUUCAUCACAGAAGCUACAUCGCAACUGCUUGGACUAAAGCGCUCACCAGUGAAUGGUUGGGUGUCAGGUCUGGGGCCUGGUGAAACGAGAGUGAAAUACAUGGUUUCUCUACAUGUAGAAUCACGCCAGAAUCCAGAAAAUUCAAUUCAAGUAGAUGCAUAUGUACUGCGAUCAUUUUCAUGGUUACUUCCGUCGAGAGAUGUAACAUCACCUAAUAGCUUAGGAGUCGAAGAUCUUUUCCUAGCAGAUCCGGGCUACGCAACACCUAGCAAAAUUGAUCUGUUAUUGGGAGCUGAAGCUUACAGUGAAAUCUUAACUGAAGGCUUAAUCAAGUAUCCAAGAGGCAAUUUAAUCGCGCAAAAUACGAUUUUUGGAUGGAUACUAUCAGGAAGAGUAUCAAAAAACACAAGUACAAAAGAAAGAAGAGUUAUUAAUAUGCACCUUCAAAUCAGAGAAGACGAUCUUUUGAAACAAUUUUGGGAACUUGAAACAGAACCUAAUAAUAUUUUAAAAAAAAGGCUUACUAAGGAAGAAAUUAAAUGUGAGGAGUUAUAUCAAUCAACAACUACGAGAGAUUACGAUGGGCGGUACGUGGUCAGACUGCCGUUCAAAAAAGUAAAGCCGGAUUGUGAAGAAGGGCAAUUUAAAGAGUUGGCCUUAAAGAGAUUCUAUUCAACCGAAAGAAGACUAUUAAGAAAUAAAAAACACUAUGAUGAAUACCAGAAAGUUCUUGAAGAAUAUAUUUCUUUGAAUCACAUGAAAGCAAUAGACAGUCAUCUAGAAAUUGAAGAUUCUACAGCAGUUUAUCUUCCCCAUCAUGCAGUAAUCAGGGAAGAUAAAGACACCACUAAAUUGAGAGUAGUUUUUGACGGAUCUCAAAAGGGAGUAAAUAAUAUCUCAUUAAACGAUAGUCUGAUGAUUGGUCCAAAAUUGCAACAAGACUUAAGGCAUUUGUUGAUGAGGUGGCGAUGUGGAGCAAUUGCUAUAGUAGCUGACAUCGUUAAAAUGUAUCGUCAAGUUAGAGUACAUGAAGAAGAUACAAAAUAUCAGCGUAUACUUUGGAGAGCUCAUACUAAUCAACCAGUGCAACACUUCAAAUUACUUACACUAACUUUUGGUACAGCUUGUGCGCCUUAUCUCGCAGUUAAAAGUUUACAACAAGUUGCUAAAGAUGAAGGACAUAAAUAUAAAAUUGCCGCAGAAAAAGUUUCGACAGAUUUUUACGUUGACGAUCUCAUGACUACAUGUAGAUCGGAAGAAGAAGCUAAAUUAAUGUACAAGGAAAUGAACGAACUAUUGCAGAGGGCUGGAUUUCAACUUCAAAAAUGGAGUAGUAAUUGUGAGGUUUUCUUACAAUAUCUAAAUAAAGAGAAUACUAAUUUGGAUCAAUCAAUUCAUAUUAAGGCAAAUGAUACUUUAAAGGUUUUGGGAAUAAGCUGGAAUCGCACUACAGAUCAAUUUGAAUAUACGGUUAACAUAGGAGCCGUUAAGGAUGUUAUAACAAAGAGAAACGUAAUUUCUGAUAUUGCCAGGCUAUACGACCCCAUGGGAUGGAUAGCGCCUGUUAUAGUAAAAGCCAAAAUCUAUAUUCAAAAAUUGUGGCGAGCAAAUUUAGAAUGGGACGAUUCAAUACCUGAAGAACUGUUAGAGGAAUGGUUAUGUUUUAGAUCAAAUUUAUCUAACCUAACAAACAUAAAAAUUCCGAGAUGGAUGCACCUGACUGAGAACUCUCACCGAGAAUUGCAUGCAUUUGCUGAUGCAUCCAGGUCAGCUUAUGCGGCGGUUGUUUAUUGUCGAUCGAUAGACGCUGAAGGUAAAGUUCACGUGAGCUUAGUAACCGCUAAAACUAAAGUGUCUCCAAUAGAAAAGGAGGUAACUAUUCCAAGAUUGGAGCUCUGUGGUGCAGUUUUAGCUGCAAAACUACUAUACGAGGUAUCUCAAAUUUUGAACAUACCGAAAAAAGAUGUAUACGCAUGGACCGACUCAGCUGUUGUGUUAGCAUGGUUAAAGGGAUUGCCUAAUCGCUGGACGACUUUUGUGAGCAACAGAGUCUCGGAAAUCAUUAACAUAAUUGAAUAUGAUCAGUGGGGCCAUGUAGCGACGGAUAUGAAUCCAGCUGACUGCGCAUCAAGAGGCCUACAAUCGACAGAAUUAUCAUGUCAUCAACUCUGGUGGAACGGGCCCCCAUGGCUGCAAGAUAUUAUGGUUAAAUCUGAUAAAUCAGAUUUUUUUGCACAUGAAGAAGAGCGGGUUAUUAAAGCUUAUACUACAGUAAAAGAAUCUGAAACUAAAUUUCUAUGGACUAGAUUUUCAUCAUUGUCUAAAAUGCUUCGAAUUUUAUCACGUUGCAAGAGAUUUUUAACCUUAACUAGAUUACAAGCAGAAGAAAAAAUUAAAAUUCCAAAAUUUAUAACUACAGACGAAUUAGAGAACAUAUUACUAAUUUGCAUAAGGCAAGCUCAAGAAAUAGGAUUUUGUGAGGAUGUUAAGGAAAUCAAAAAUCGGGGAUGCGUGCGUAAAAAAAGUGUUCUUCACACUCUUCAUCCUUUCUUCGAUAAAGAGGGGCUUUUAAGAGUAGGAGGACGAAUUAAGUUCGCAAACGCACGCUAUGGCACUAGACAUCCAUUGAUUAUGCCUGCUAACAGUCAUCUUACCCAGUUAAUUGUUAGGGAUGCUCAUGAGAAAACAUUGCAUGGUGGUCCUCAGGUCAUGCUUAAUAUAUUGCGUGAGAGAUACUGGAUCAUACGAGGCAGAGAUCAAGUAAAGAAGUGCUAUAGAGAAUGCGUUACGUGCUUGAGAUAUUCGAAAAUAAAUAAAACACCUUUAAUGGGACAGUUACCUGAGGUAAGACUUAAACCAAGUAAAGCCUUUAAAUCUACAGGUGUUGAUUAUGCAGGUCCAAUUAAUGUAAGAGUGUCACCUGGUAGAGGAACAAGGUCUUAUAAAGGGUACAUCGCACUAUUCAUCUGCAUGGUAACUCGUGCGAUACAUCUAGAAGUAGUAUCUGAAUUGUCAGCUAAAGGUUUUAUAGCUGCCUUUAGAAGAUUUGUGUCCAGACGCGGCAGGUGCCAGGAUUUAUUCAGUGAUAAUGGCACCAAUUUCGUCGGCGCUGAUAAAAUCCUAAGUGAGAUGUUUAAUGCAGCUAAAUCUGAGUUGCCUAAUGAAAUAGCUACAAUACUUAAUAACGAAGGAACCAAAUGGCACUUUAAUCCUCCACACUCUCCCAAUUUCGGUGGUAUUUGGGAAGCUGGGGUGCGUUCUGUAAAGACGCAUUUGAGAAAAGUCGUUGGUGACAGCACUUUGACUUAUGAGGAAUUAUCCACGGUACUAGCGCAGAUUGAAGCAUGCUUAAAUUCGCGUCCAAUUUCUCAACUCAGUGAUAAUCCUGAUGAUCUUCUACCAUUAACUCCAGGGCAUUUUCUUGUGGGCGAGCCACUUAUCACAAUACCAGAUAGAGACAACACAGAUGAUCACAUUACUGGCAUUGAAAGAUGGCGGCUGAUACAAAAGAUGGUGAAUGACUUUUGGAAAAGAUGGUCUAGAGAAUAUUUAGUACUUCUUAGCCAAAGAUACAAAUGGACCACAAACAGAACCGAACCAGAAAUAAAUGAUAUUGUCAUUGUUAAGGAAGACAAUGUUCCUCCAGCUAAGUGGAUAUUAGGGAAAAUUAUACAGAAGCAUACUGGCAAGGAUAACAUUACAAGAGUUGUAACUAUCAAAUGUAAAAAUAAUUUUCUAAAAAGACCUGUUAGCAAACUUUGUUUUUUACCUAAAUCUUGUUCGCAUGAGAAAAAAUAA